CAUCACAUGGGCGAAAAUUCAUCUCCACGAAAAAAUCCGAACUGUCUCCGCUCCUCGGCACGUUUGGCCUCGGAAGUAAAAAUAAAAGUUCCAAUUGCGGAGCACUAUAUAAAAAAGGGAAAAGUCCCCCAGAUUUGAAAACGGUUGCUAAAACAUAAUUAGAGAACUUAUUCUUCUUUAUAUAUAUAUAUACACACACAUACACUAUGGACAGAUUAAACCAGUUAUCCGGCCAACUUUCCCCAUCGGCCAAGAACUCCAUCACCUCCAAGAACGCCGAUGACGUUGUUAUCGUUGCCGCAUACAGAACUGCCCUCACCAAGGGAGGUAAGGGUGGAUUCAAAGAUGUUGGAUCUGAUUACAUUUUAACCAAAUUCUUGGAAAAGUUUUUGGAAAAGUCUGGCGUUGACGUCAACUUGAUUGAAGACGUUGCUGUUGGUAACGUUUUGAACAGAGCUGCCGGUGCCUCCGAACAUCGUGGUGCCUGUCUUGCUGCCGGUAUCCCAAACACCGCCGCCUUCAUUGCCCUCAACCGUCAAUGUUCCUCCGGCUUGAUGGCCAUCCAAGACAUUGCUAACAAGAUCAAGGUUGGUGAAAUCGACUGUGGUCUUGCCGCCGGGGUGGAAUCCAUGUCUUCCAACUACGGUCCUCAAUCCAUUCCAAAGGUUGACGCACAACUUGCUGAAAACGCUGAAAUGGCCAAGUGUUUGAUUCCUAUGGGUCUCACCAACGAAAACGUUGCCGCCAAGUACUCCAUGAAGCGUGGUCCACAAGAUGAAUUUGCCGCCAAGUCAUACAACAAGGCUGAAAAGGCCGUUUCUAGCGGUGCCUUCAAGGAUGAAAUCUUGCCUAUUGAAACCGUCUUUGCCGAAGAAGACGACGAUGAAAACAUCACCUACAAGAAGGCCAUCAUCGACACCGAUGAAGGUCCAAGAAAGGGAGUCACUGCUGAAUCCCUUGGAAAGAUCAGACCAGCCUUCAAGAAGGAUGGUGUCACAUCGGCUGGUAACGCCUCGCAGGUCUCUGACGGUGCCGCCGCUGUUCUCUUGAUGAGAAGAUCUCUUGCUGAAUCCAAGGGCUACACCAUUGUCGGUAAGUACGUCAGCUGUGUUUCCGUCGGUGUUCCACCAGAAAUCAUGGGUGUCGGUCCAGCCGUUGCCAUUCCACAAGUGUUGAAGAAGACUAACUUGACUAUCGAUGAUAUUUCCGUCUUUGAAGUCAACGAAGCCUUUGCCGCACAAUGUCUUUACUCUGCCAAUGCUUGUAAGAUUCCACAAGAAAAGUUGAACUUGAACGGUGGUGCCAUUGCCUUGGGCCAUCCAUUGGGUGCCACUGGUGCCAGACAAUACGCCACCAUCUUGCGUUUGUUAAAGAAGGGUGAAAUCGGUUUGACCUCUAUGUGUAUUGGUACCGGUAUGGGAGCUGCUUCGAUUUUGGUUAAGGAAUAGAUAUGACCUGUUUAUGAUUUAAAAAAUAGUAUUUAUUAAAAUGGAAAGAGAUAUCAAAAAAA